ACAUACAAACCCUCACCACGUUUUAAUGGAACAAAAACGACACAAAAUAGAAAGGCAGCUUCCUUGCGGUCGAACUCAGAGGGUAUAAUUGAAAGAAGAUCAAGUAUUGUGGGUUUUUGGAAUGCUGGACAUUUUUAUCUCCUAUUCGUUGUAUUUUUCUCAGUCGGUUUGCAGUGCGUGUUCCCUAUUGAGUCAAAAUGAGAUCAAAGCUUUCGGCGACAGUUAAGUCUGACAUGCUGUUAUUUUCUAUGAUUUGUUGGAUCACCUUCAUUCUGGGACGAGGUCAGGAGGCCAACAUCUUCAAAGAUCAUGUUAGGGCGGAGAGGAGAAGAAGCGAUACAAGAAGCCUGCCAUUUCACCGGGAAACACAACUGUAUUCAAGGGCAAGCAGAAGCCACCUUCGCAUUAAUGGUAAACACAUCGACGCAAUGGGAAGAGAUGGCGAUAAAUACGCCAAGCUGGUCAUCGAGUCAGACAAUUUUGGACGGGUGCGGAUUCGUGGAGCGCUGACAAAUUACUACUUAUGCGUCAAAAGGAACGCUUCGCUGAUCGGAAGAAGGGCCACAAAGUCCAAAAGGUGCGUGUUUUACGAGAAGUACGCCGAAAACCAUUACACAGAAUUUCUUUCAGCUUACAACGAGAGUUGGACAAUAGCAGUGUCCAAGAAGGGCAAAAUGAGGCCUGGGCACAAGGCACGAAGAGGCCAAAGAAACGCUCAGUUCAUUGAACGAGCUUCUAAGAUCAUUAUUCAAACAAAAAAUGUCCGCGAGGCGCUCUAUCAUGGGCUCCGUGACCAUAUCGAGCAGCUCCUACGUGCCUACAGAGCAAGGGAAGGAGGCGAGAACAAGGAGAAGCCGAGAAAAAUGCCACACCCUGGGUACAGUUCAGGGUCGUGGAAACGGAAAGCAAAGAUUAAGAGGAGAGAGAAAAAAAUGAAAUUGCGAUCUGAGAAGAGACUGUUGAAGUUACUUCGUAAAGAACAAUGGAGAGAAAGGAGAAAAGAGAAAUUUUAAGUAUCACCAUUUGGUGAACUUGCUCCUCUUAAAUGUAGCUGAUACUUGAAUUUAUCUCUUGCAGAUAUCCCCUAGUCAUUAAUAGGACCCACUUACUUCGUUCACUUUUCAGGUUUUCUUGAAUUUAUUUUUUCAACAUGUAUUCUGCAAGCGAAUUGCGCUCGAACGUUAGACUGAAGCAUUCCUUCGUUCGUCUACCGUAUUUAUUCGAUUAAACGCCACCCUCGAAUAAAGGCCGCAUUUUAGAGCAGAAAUAUUGAUAAACGCCGCCCUCGAACAAACGCCGCAGCAUGGUGCGGUGUUUAUUGGAAUAAUAGACUCAAAAAGCACACAGCGAUCAUUGCUUCGAUCGCAGUUGGAAAAAUUGAACCAGUGAGUGAACCAGACACAAUUUUUAUUAAUGUACCAGUUCUGAUGUCGUGAUAGCAUAUCCGACAUUGGAUGUUUAUUCACUUUACGUAUUGCAGCAGUCUUAACAUGCAAAUCGUGAGAUGACUCUUUAGACAAGCACCAAAAAAUGUUUCUGUUUUUUAAAUUAAAUGGUUAGUUAUCAUACAGUUGUUUGAAAGAAAUAAAUUGGAUUCUAAAUAAACGCCGCCCUUGUAUAAGCGCGCCCUCAAGUCGCGAAAAAUUUAAUAAACGCCGUGGCGUUUAAUCGAAUAAAUACAGUAAGCUUUUAUUCAGCAACUCAUUUUUUGUAGCUGAAGAUCCUCGGCUUGAAUCAUUCGAAAAUAUCAAAUCUGCGAGCCGUAAAUUAAGGAAAAUGUUAGUGGUGUCACGUGUUAUUAAGUCUUAAACAGGUUUACAUCAGACUAGAGACAAAUUUCGAUGUGUGCUCAAGGUCAGUCACGCGAGACGCAAGAAAAAUAGAGACGUGGUUAGUUUGACAUCUUUUUUCUUUACAAAAAGUAAAAAACAGCUACCAGUUUUAAUUAUUUAUGGUUAGAAGGACCCUCGGUUAUUUCCAAGUUUGAAUAACGGGCAGAAAUUGCUUCGACGGCAGCACUACCGCUGAAAAUAAAUACUUUUGUUGACACUUCAUCGUAACAGCCUUUGAUUAACUGUCGAAGGAUCUCAGUUGAAAGCAGUUUUAACCUCUACCCAAACGUAACGGGAACAAUUUAUGGCGAUUAAAAGCAAAAAGUGGGCCGAUUAUUCUCUUACAGUGAAAUAAUCUGAUCGAUCCUUAUUCGCCAGUGGCUUAGUCGUCAUUCAAAUUUACUAGUAUCCACGCCUUUUUUUUUUUUUCUAAAUGUCUGUAAAUUCAACCCAAUAAUUAGAAAUGGAAGCAUCUCAAUGAAUUACUAGGAGUACAUAUUGAAGAAGAUUUUGAGUAAUACAAGCAAGAGGAUAUAUUUUUUCUAUAAUAACUCAAGGAAAAGUAUUCGUGUCCAAAGACUGGUAGGAAAAGUACUGAUGUUAUUGUAUCCACUUUCAUUCAAUUUUGUAUUACUUUGAGACUUACAUGCAUGACUUAUUAAUUAAAUUUUUCUUUGUACAUAUAUUCAAUACAUUUACAUCGACAG